ACGCCAUUGCCAGGGUUUAGGGUUUUUCCGAAGCCAAUUUUUUUUUUGGGGGUUUUAGGAGCAUGUGGAGGAGACCAAGGUUGGGCCACGGGUUGACUCUCCGGCGACUUUCCACGGCAGUUCGACGACGCCCCAUCGAAGACGAAGGUGACUGGUGCUACUCCUCCGAGUGGUGGGGGACCAAAUCCGAUGGCCACACCGUUUUCCGAGCAACUUCCGAUAAAGGAAACGGCGUCGUCUCUGUCGUCGCUUACCCUUCUUCCAAACCGAGUAAAGUUCACUGGCAGCGAACACAACAAUGGCUUCAACAAAGAUAUGCAGAGAUACAUCCAGAUUGUGAAAGUAAUGUACCUUUUAGGAUUCUUGGUUAUCAAUGGCGCACACUUCGAUUCAAUGAUGAUACUCGUCAAAGCGCAGUUAAAAUAAUGGCUGCUUAUAGGGAAUCAGAUCCUGGCUCUGUGUGCUUUAUGCAGCAGGCACAUUGUCUGGCUGUACCAUAUGUGAAGAGCAUGGUAUCAGCUGGAUUGGCUACCCUAGCAUCUUGUAAUUAUGAUCUAAAGAGUGCUGUACUCGGGAAAAAGGUUAUGAAUAUUUUGUGCAUCGGCCAUGGUGGGGGAACCCUACCAUUAUUUUUGGCCAGUAAGAUUCAAGGUGCCGUGGUUCACAUUGUCGAAAUUGACCCCCUUGUUAUUUCAGCCUCGAUCCAAGCAAUGGGAUUCCCCCCUGGGUCCUUAAUAACCCCAUCUGGUAAGCAUAACACAGAACCUGAUUUGAUGAGCGUACUGUGGAAAGGUAUUCAUGAGAGGCUUUUCCUCUACGAAUCAGAUGCCGAGGACUUCAUUCACAAAACUCCCAAUCUUUAUGACAUCGUCUUCGUAGAUGCCUAUGACGGUGAAGAUAUCUUCCCUCGCAAGCUGUGGGACCCGCAUUCCCCCUUCCUCGAAGCUCUAGAAAAACGACUUCACCCUGACCAUGGAACAGUUGUGGUGAACCUACACGCGGAUUCUGAUAUCCCAGAUUCUGAUGUAUCCGUUUCUUCUGUUCUUCACAAGAUUUUGCCGAUGGGGAAGUAUGUUUCAGGGGUCUGCCGAGCAUACAAGGACGUACUAGUAGAAAAUGGUUCUGGUUUUGCAUUUACUGUUGCUGUGCCUUGGGUCUGUAAUACAUCUCUUGUCGUGUGUAAGGGUUCUGGUAUUGAGUGUGGGAUUUUAGAGAGGGAUUUAGUCUUGAAUCCUCUUGCAUCUAAAUCUCAGGAAGUUGAGAGCUUGCUAGACUUGCCGUUCUCAUGUUUGGAGUAUAUAAAGAGAGGCUUUACUAUUGUUGAUUGAUUUUUGAAUCCUCAAAGUUUUUUUUUUUUUUGAUUAGGUUGAUUAUAGGGAAUUUCCCUUUCCUCAGGCUACGUUUUUGAAUUGAAAGCUUGGAUGGGGGAGGUUUCAAAAGAAUUACAGCAAUCAAAGAAAUAUUUGUCUCAUAAUUUUUUGCUAUGGGAAUCAAGUUUGAUUUACAAUUCCAUGAGUUCGUGAUGUGUUGGUGGGACAUGGAAAUUGUGAUGGAAGUAACAGAGCUGGUUUCAGGUUUACUGUUUCUGUCGAUCUGUUCCUUGAGAUGGUACUGGUUUUCUUACUGGGGUGCGUAGGCUUCAAAAUGCAGGUCGUGAUUUAGACUGAGAGGUGACCCGACAUCGCAAUAGACAAUUUCGACAGGAAGUGAAAAACACUAUCCAGAUACGACUACGUGCUUUGUGCUGAUGGGUUGGUACUCAGUGGGUCCUACAUGGCGACCAAUCAGAGCUGAGCACUCGGCCUUGGAUUUUUUUACUCAAAUAGCAGUGCUCUUUUGUGUAAAGAAGAUGUCCAUGAGACACGAGUCGCAUGUCUUUGAUGACACAAUGUAAUCAGGAGCUUCAUUCCUUAUCCUUGAAUAGCCCAGUUCAUUGCCUGUUUUCCAGGAAGAGUAUGCAAAGGAGUUGGUGAUGAUGAAUUACAAGCUUUAUAGUGUUGCGAGUUGCAGCUUCCCUUUCUUGUAGUUCCCUUCUAUGGUUUUAAAACCAGAUUUUGUAACACAGCCUGCGGGUUCAGUGGUUAAAAUUCUGCUUGAGGUUAUCAAUUCAAACCCGAGACCAAGUGGUUUAACAAUGCCAGAGAUUAAGUUCUUAUGAGCAAUCUUUCCCUUGUGAAAACUGAUCUGGUCUGGCUAGUUUUUGUCCAAAGACAAACUCUACAAUAAACUUUACGGGAAGCUUCUUUGUCUCACCCGGGCUCUAUUUCUUUUUCCCAUUAUUUGUAGCACAAAAUCAAUUCAUUCUGAUUUGUGCCACCAUUCUGUGGUGGAUCUGGAGCUCCGGCAUCCGACGACUUCCUGGAGGCGACGGUGGUGGAGUUCCGCCAGUAGCGGUAGUCGCGACAACAGCGGGCUUGGUGUUUUUCUCAGGAUACAGAUCUGAUUCUUCCAAAACCCAGUAUUGAGUGGAUUCGUGGAUUUUUCACUUUUGUAAUUGUUUUUUUGAGGCUUUUCUAUUUUUGUUGUUGUUUUCUUUGUAUUUUCGGACCGAUAGCGUCCUUUGUACUUGUUUUUAUUAUGAAUGCAAUAUAUAUGUGCUUCCUUAAAAAAAA